GCGAACGACGUGCUUUUGAAGGUUAAGUGAAAUUGGUGAGACAUCGCCGCGCACAGCCGCGCAGUGUUCUGUUUUCAUUUACAGCAUUGCAACACGUGAAUUCGCACCUGUUGAUCCUGAGCGAGAGAAUGAAGUGCAUCACUCCUGAAAUCUCGUGGCAUAAUCGUGACCCGGUGUUAAGCGUCGAUGUACAGUGCGGCUUAUACGAAAAUUCGAAGGGAGAAUCCUUUUGGAGAGUAGCGACCGGAGGAACGGAUAGCCACGUUCUGAUUUGGCACUUGACAACAAGCGACAGUAGUGGAGCUACUGUAGAUUUUGCGGCAGACUUGGAUCGCCAUCAGAAGGCAGUAAAUGUUGUAAGAUUCUCUCCAUCGAGAGAAAUACUGGCAUCAGGAGAUGAUGAAUCAGUUAUUAUUUUGUGGAAAGUAAAAGAGGGACGAGACUUCUCUCCACCCUCUGGUGAUUCUGAAAAUAAAGAACAAUGGACAUCCUGGAAAGUAUUAAAAGGCCAUAUCGAAGAUAUUUAUGAUAUUAGCUGGUCACCAGACUCCAAUUCCUUAAUUUCUGGAUCUGUCGACAAUACUGCUAUACUGUGGGAUGUUCAGAAAGGUUGUAAAACUGCGAUAUUACAGGAUCACAAAGGUUUUGUUCAAGGAGUAUCUUGGGAUCCUUGUAAUCAAUAUGUAUGCACUAUCAGUACCGAUAGAUACUGCCGUUUAAUAAGCGUUGCUACAAAGAAAGUCGUUCAACGUGUUUAUAAGUCUAAAAUUCCAACACCAUCUGGUAGCUCAUUGGAGAGGAAGUUCGUACGACUGUUUUACGACGACACAUUCAAAUCUUUCUUCCGUAGGCUGACCUUUUCGAUAGACGGAUCCCUGAUUUUUGUUCCAUCUGGAAUAAUUGAAUCGCAGGAAACCACAGAGACUAUAUCAAAUGCCAUAAUUGUUUUUUCUAGAGAAGAUAUAAGAGAGCCAGUAAUGAUCUUGCCUACUUUAAAUGAAUGUACUAUAGCAGUACGCUGUUGCCCUGUAUAUUUUGAAUUGCGUAAAGAUGGUCCAACUGCUUUGAUACCGCUGCCCUAUAGAAUGGUAUUCGCUGUCGCGACGCAGAGUUCUAUAUUGCUUUACGAUACUCAGCAGACUUCUCCAAUCGGUGUGAUAUCGCUCAUUCAUUAUGGUAGAUUAAAUGAUCUUUCGUGGUCUAGUGAUGGUAAAAUUUUAAUUGCGUGUUCGAGCGAUGGUUAUUGUUCCAUCAUACAUUUUGAAGAAAGUGAACUGGGUAAAAUUUAUAAGAAAGACUCUGGGAGUGCAAUAGUAAAGGAAACAUCCAAGAGUUCUGAUGAAAAAUCUUCGAAGACUACGAAAACUAUCGAAAAUAAAAAUAAUGUCCCUAUCUUCGAUGUUGACGAUUGUGCAAUGGACAUUGAACUUAUAAAAAGCGACAUAAUCGAUGUGGUAGCAAAUAAUCGAUCUGAAGAACUUGACAAGCAGAAAUCGGACAAAGCCACAAGUAAUCAAAAUAUUAGAUUAGAAGGUGAUUUACAAGUAGACAAGAAAUUAAAUGAAGAAGAAACGGAAGACAUCAAGUUGGUAUACAAUGAAGAAAACAGUAGUGAUACGAGCAAGCCUAAAACCAAGAAUACUCCGCCAAAAUCUGACGCUGUUCCUAUUAUAUGUAACAAAACCCCUAGAAGAGUAAAAUUAAUAACUUUGUCGAGUCCAAAGGGACUUAAAAAGAAUCAAUAGCUUAUAAAAAAAUAGACCUUUCUAAUACUUAAUGUGUAGCUUUUAAUUAUAGCCAUUACUUUUAUAAUGCGAGUAUAUGACAUCGGCCAGAGGUUAAAAAUAAUUGUCCACGAAUGUUUUAAGAAAUAUAGGUUUGUUUAAUUAUAAACAAUGAUAAAAA